AUGCCUGCCCUUGUCAGCCGCCAAAUCUCCACCCCGGAGUCUAACAUCUCGGUUCAGAACGGCACCAAGGUGCCGUCCACCACUUCCUGUGGCCUUCUUGUGAAUGCAGCCCGCAAGGGCAAUGUGGAUGUCAUCAGGUUCCUGAUCUAUCUCGGUGCCGACGUCAAUGAAUACUAUGACGGCGUGACCCCACUCCUCGCGGCAGCCAUAGCCGGCCAGGAAGCCGCCAUGACUGAGCUCCUCCAGAACGACGCGAGCCCCACCGCCCGUGACAGCGAAGGCUGCACCAUUUUCAAGCUCCUCCUUGACAACGGUCACUACAACAUCGCGGAGAUGCUAAUCAAGAAGUACCCCGACCUCACCGUGACGGACCCGCGUCUGCCCAAAGGAGAGAAAUGGCUCCGGGAGCAGUUCGAGGAGAUCUCAGACAAUGUGAAAGACCCGAAGAGCAAGCCUAGCAAGGAGAUCCUGGAGUAUCUCAUUUCAGGUCAGCUCCCUCAGGAGGAGGGCCGCUCCGUCUCGGACGUCUACUGGGAGCAUAUCUUGCUGCGUUAUAUCGGGGAUGUUCCGCUGGAUAUCAAGCGGAACUACUCCCGCUCUCUGCGUCUGUCGCUGAUGGGAACUUUCGACAGAUUCUUCCUCGGACAUGAGGGCAUCAAGGAGUCGGCUAGGCUGCUUAAUAGUAAAUUGCCUACUACUGCUUACACCAUAGAGGGCACCGUGGUGGAUGGAGACGGGGGAUGGGUGACGGAGCGUUGGAGCUACCAUGACGCCUAUGGCAUCGAUGUGAGAGAUGGUAUAGAUUCGUUCUUGAUCGAUAGUGAGAAGGGAAAGAUCAUGGUCAAGAUGAUCAACUAUAACGUUUGCGAGAAGACGAAGGGAUAG